GGGUGGUUCCUUUUAUAAUGGAUAGUUUUCCCAAAUCGAUAUAAUGGGGAAGCAAGGGUCUCCCCGAAGUCCGCGUCCUGAUACAUCGAUGAAGGAUUAUCAGACAAGAAGUUGUUCUGAAGGUGGGUUUGCAGGAAAUGAUCCUUCCUUAGGUAGGAGGCUGUCAGGUGGCGAAAGUGCCUGGAAAGCCAAAGCCAUGUCACUCCACAGUUUAAGGCAAAAUGAUAUUCAUGCCGCCAAGAUUGGUUCUUGUAAGGGAGCUUAUGUUGGGAAAAGGCACACCUGGUUUAGCAAGCAUGUGAGAUCAGUCGCCACGAUGUUGGCAUUCGUGGGUUUUCUUUUCAUGCUAGAUUCAUUGAUGGUUUCUGUUUUUGAUUCCAUGUCGCUUGGAAAAAACAUCUCAACAUUGACCAAAUCAAAUGAUGAGAAUCAUAAAGAGGAAGGGAAGCCACCGGUGCAGAUGUAUGGCCGCCUCUUAAACUUAGCUUCUGGUGCACUUGCUGAGAAAGAGUCGGAGCAACAAGAGACAAGGUUUUGGAAGCAACCUUAUGCUGCUAAGGCAAGUGUAUGGAAACCUUGUGCAGAUAAAAAAGUUCCUGAAUACCCAGCAGGAAGAUUAGGGAAAAGUAAUGGCUACAUAGUGGUGAGUGCAAAUGGUGGUCUCAAUCAACAAAGAGUUGCUAUUUGCAAUGCUGUUGCGGUGGCAGCUUUACUCAAUGCAACUCUAGUUCUUCCCACGUUUCUUUACAGCAAUGUUUGGAAGGAUCCAAGCCAAUUUGGUGAUAUCUACCAAGAGAGGCAUUUCUUAGACAUGAUGAAGGAGGAAGUAGAUAUAGUGAAAGAACUUCCAUCCCGUUUCCAAUCUCUAGACACUGAAGCAAUUGGCAGCCUGAUUACUGAUUCUGACUUGCCAAAGGAGGCAACGCCACAUGAUUAUCUCGAGAAGGUGCUACCAAUUCUGAUACGAAAUGGAUUUGUUCACUUGCUCGGGUUUGGGAAUCGGCUUGGCUUUGAUCCAAUGCCUGCUCAAGUUCAGAAAUUGAGGUGCAAAUGUAACUUCCACGCUUUGAAGUUUGUUCCAAAAAUCCAAAAAGUUGGUGCAUUGUUGAGACAAAGGAUAAGAAAGUAUGAAGCUGAACCGACUACGUUAGAUAAGCAACUCCUGGGUGACUACAUCUCUAGCAAUAUUCCCUCCAAAAAGCCAUCUAAUGCAACAAAACCACCAGUGAAAUACCUUGCUCUGCACUUGAGAUUUGAGAUUGAUAUGAUCGCUUACUCCUUAUGUGACUUCGGAGGUGGGACUAUUGAGAAACAGGAGCUUCAGGCUUAUAGAGAAAGCCACUUCCCGCUGCUCAUUAAACGUUUAAGAAAGUCCCAGCCAGUAUCCACAGAAGAGCUAAGAAAGACAGGCAAAUGCCCAUUGACACCAGAGGAAGCAGCACUAGUCCUUGCUGGACUUGGAUUCAAGACAGGAACUCAUAUCUACCUUGCGGGGUCUCAAGUCUAUGGAGGGAACUCAAGAAUGCAUUCAUUCAUCGGCCUUUACCCUAACUUGAUCACCAAGGAAACUCUCCUCACACCAACUGAACUUGCUCCCUUCAGGAAUUUCUCGUCACAAAUGGAUGCACUUGACUUGAUCGCAUGUGCCACUGCAGAUGUGUUUGCAAUGACUGAUUCGGGAAGCCAGUUGGCAUCAUUGGUUUUAGGGUUCAGGAGUUACUAUGGAGGUGGGAAUGCUCCCACGUUGAGGCCAAACAAGAAGAGGCUUGCUGCAAUUUUGUAUGAGAAUAGCACGAUAGAAUGGAAUGGUUUUGAAGAGAGAGUACGGCGAAUGAUUGAGGAAGGUCAAAGGGUGAGGACCAGGCGUUCUAGGAGAAGCGUGUAUCGGCAGCCCAGAUCUCCAGAAUGCAUGUGUAGAUUGUAGUAAAUGAAGAAUGUUCCUCAAUUCUUUAUUUUGUUAAUCAGACUUGCUACAUAAAUGAUAUUUUCUGAGAAGGGGUUGGUUUGGAUUUUGGAAGCAGUAAUAAAUAUUUUCAUAG